AUGUCGGACUCCAAACGUUCCUUCCGCGUCAUUGUCGUCGGCGGCGGCGUGGUGGGCCUGACGGCGUCGCAUUGCCUCCAGAAGGCCGGCAUUGACCACGUGGUGCUCGAGAAGAGGGCGGUUGUGGCCCCGCCUGAGGGUGCCAGCAUCGCCCUUUACGCCCAUGGCUCUCGAAUUCUACACCAGCUGGGAUGUCUCGAGGCCGUCGAGAAAGCUUGUGUGCCCGGCAGGAACUGGUUGACCCGGGGACCGGAUGGGAAGAAGUAUAUGGACAACGGUUAUUUCCAGCAUCUCCAGGACAACCAUGGCUCUUCACUUCUGGUGCUGGAGAGGCGCGAGUUCCUCCAGAUCCUCUAUGAUCAGCUGCCUGAUAAAACUUAUAUCAAGACAUCAUCUGGCGUCAAAGACGUCAAAACGGUUGCCGGAGGAGUUGUGGUUACCCUGCUUAAUGGCGAUAUUGAGAGGGGUGACAUGGUUGUUGGCUGCGAUGGUGUGUAUAGCCUGGUGAGAAGCUUCAUGUGGGAUGAGGCGAACAGGGCCGUACCGGGGCUUAUUACCGUGAAAGAAAAGACCACCAUUAAGACGCGAUGGAAGUCACUGAUCGGGGUGGCCCCCAACAUUCCCGAGCUUGGCGACUUGGAUGUUACCGUGGUCAACAACACCGGGAGAUCCUUGUUGGCCCUCUCACAGCCAGAUAGAGCCUACUUCUUCUUCAUAUUCCGCGUCGACGAGCCGUUCACGUGGCCAAAGCGGGCAAACUACACGGAGAAGGAUGCCGAGGACUUGGCCCAGCAGUUCGCUGACCAACCCGUCUCCGACACCCUGGUCUUCGGCGAGUUGUGGAAGCGGCGCAUCCGUGGCGCCCUCGUACCCCUGGAGGAGGGUGUCCUGAGCCAUUGGCACCACGGACGAAUCGUUCUCGCCGGCGAUUCGGCACACAAGGUCACGCCCAACAUUGCCCUUGGCGGCAACUCUGGCAUAGAGUCGGUAGUUGUUCUGUGCAACCACCUGCAGCGGAUGCUGCAGGAUGGCGGGGUGGCAAAGCCAACAGAUGCGGCUUUGGAUGCCGUGUUUGCGGCGUAUCAGUCGGAGAGACUCAAGCGCAUGCAGAACAUCCUAGCCGUCUCUAGCUUAAUCACCAAGGUUCAGGCCUGGGACACGCCCUGGCACCGCUUCAUGUCGAUCUGGGUGCUCCCACUGCAGGCCGACCGCACGACGGCCGAUCAGAUGGGCGAGAUCAUCAGGAAGGGCCCGAAACUAGAGUACGUAGAUCUCAAGGGCUUUCCUAAGGGCCGCAUACCCUUCGAUGACGAGAAGGCCGGCGAGCGGGAAAGGGGGCUGAAGGGUGUGGGAAUAGCAGCCAGCAAGCCCAUCUCAUCGGUGCUGUUGUUACUGCGUUCGUUGGGCGCCCUGCUGGCUUUCUUGCUGGUUUGGCACGGCACAAGACUAGCUUUCGCGGCGAAUGUUUGA